AUGGACCGUGAAAGCAGAUAUACUGCUCGUUUUGCUGUUGUGUACCAAGACAGGUUUGAAAAAAUCAAAAAAUACCGUAGAAUCCGUGAAGCUGUGAAACCCGCUAGAGUAGCAGCCGCUGAAAGGCUUUUGAUUAAUUAUGAUUCCUUGAAUAGAGAUGAAUUUGAACAGUAUCUUGAAAACAGGUCCAAUAUGACAGGCAUCAUCCAAAACCACUAUGUCAACUUCCGAACCAACCAUCUUACUGCUCAUCCUUUGCACAGAAAACUGCGGCUAUCUGCCUAUAUCAGAAGACAGCAAGGAAACGAGGAUUUUAUUUCAAAACUAGAUGAACAUUUUGGUGUCGAAGCUGUUUAUGUUAUGGGUAACUGGUCUUCUCCUAAUACAAGAUUUCAUGAGCCGGUCCGAGGCCUUGGAUUCCGUCGGUUGCUUUAAAAAGCUGGUAAAAGGGUGUAGUUGAUUGAUGAAUUUAGAACAAGUCAGUGCUGCCCAGCUUGUGAACGUAGAAGUCUUGAAACGUUUCGGAUGGUCGAUAACCCGCGCCCUCAUAGACGAAGAGCAAAUCCUCGUGUAAUCAGACAUGGUCUCUUAA